AUGACCCAGCCUAUUUCUGGCGAAGAGGGCCAUGGCAUUGGCCUGAUAGUCGACCUGCAGACCCCGGAACGGCAUUGGAGUCUGGUCGAGUACCUCAGCAGAACGUGUUCAAGGAGAAGAUCAAGAUCCGGUACGAAGACGGGGAAUGUCCGAGCAAGCGCAAAUCAGGCAGAAAGCCCCCUCAAAAGAGCGUACUCGACACAAAACCAUCACAAAAGCGCCCGAGAUCUUUGUGCUCCACUCAGCCGCUUCGCCCAAAUCGAGCUACCAAACGGCAAGGGCAGGUUCGAGACGUCUAAGAUCGACGACAACACGGUGAUCGAAGAGUACCUGAACCUAGCCGAGUUCACGGACAGCGAAGAGCCACUCUUCUAUCGUUUGGACAGCGCGGUGGCUCAUCAGAGCGUCAAACCCGACAAGAAGGCCAAGACCAAACGUGCAACCACCAUUGAUGGCGGCCACUACAUCGCUGCAGUGCGAGAACAAUCAGGGAGGUCUUCUGUGCGCUCGAUGACGAUCAGCCUAUUACGAGAGAUCGCCGGGGCUAAGUGCAAGAGCUGUGGGGCCCGAAGACCAGAGGGACAAGAUCUAGAAUGUGUAGAUCUAUCGUACCGAGAGCCGCUCAAGAACCGUUAG